UGCAAUUUCAGCUUAAAUUCUACAGUAAUGCUAAUUCAACGUGGUGCUAUGAUUCGACGGACACGGCUGGGGUCUUUGCCGACGGCGAUUCAGCAGUGCCGUGCACUUCACAUUACAGCUGCUGUCCACUCGACUUCUGGGCCUGAUAAGGGUAGCAAGGAGGACAAGAGGGCUGCAGACAGCAAAGUGGAGGGUGGGGGCGAAGGGAAGCAGGCAGAUAAUCUCGACAUUUACGGGCGGAAGAUCGAGUAUAUUGGAAAUACAAAGUUCCCGCGACCACGUCCAAAGCCACGCCAGACCAUCGCCCCUGGGCAGGCUGUGGGCCAGGCAGAGCCGGCUCCAGAGAAGGUCGUGCACCGGCCGCUAAAGCAAAAAAUCGACGACAAGUGGCGCGACAUUCUCAGCCCUGAGAAGAACCUGGAGAGCCGUGCAAAGAUCAUCAACGAGAUUGGAACCUCGUACUGGCAGAAUGUACUCGACCUGCGCGACAACGGUACGAAGCUGUUUGAGGCGCCCGCGCAACUGAUCCCGGCGAGGCAAGCACGGUUUCUACCAAACCUUGAGGGCAAGACGCUGAACGGUAACAGUGUCGACAUAGCGCAGAUGUGCCGCGGGAAAACAACACUGCUGACGGUUGAGUUUGUGAAGUUUGCCGAAAAGCACACACUCAGCUACAUUGACGUUUUUGAAAAAGCGUUUGGCGACCGAGGCAAGGCGCAGGUGGUGCAGGUGAAUAUCGAGGAAAAUUGGGCCAAGGCUGCGAUUCUGAAGAUGUGUCUUCCCUACACAAAGCGGGUGAUUCCGCAGCACCGGCACAACAGCUAUGUCGUGCACUUUGGUAAUGUGGAGACAUUCCGCAAUGCCAUGGGCAUUGCGAAUCCACUUAUUGGCUACGCGUUCCUCAUUGACCCCAGAACACGGAUCCGGUGGUAUGCCAACGGCGAGGCUGUAAAGAACGAGGGAGUCACAAUGCUGGCAUUAACGGAGGCGCUUUUGCGCAAGCCCAACUAGCUUGUUUUUGGUGAAGUUUGACAGUAAUGCCAUUUGCUGAGCUGG